UCCUUGUUCCUCUUUCUCCGCCCUCGCCACUUCGGCCUCUUCACUUUCCCAUGCUCUCUUGACAGGGUUCCGAUCUGGGAACGAUGGCCGUUGAUCUGAUGGGGUACGCCAAGAUGGACGACCAAAUCGCCAUCCAAGAGGCGGCAGCCGCCGGGAUCCGCUCCAUGGAGCACCUCAUCAGCCGUCUCUCCCAGCAGCAGCAGCUGGACUGCCGCGAUAUCACCGACCACGCCGUCUCCAAGUUCAAGAAAGUCAUAUCGAUUCUCAACCGCACCGGCCACGCCCGCUUCCGCCGCAGCCCCACGGCGCCGCCACCUGCGGAGCCGUCGGUCGAGCCGUCGCUCCCCGAAGCAGCGAAGACCCUGACCCUCGCCCCGAUCCCGCUCCGGGUAAAGCCUCCCCACCAUCCUCUGCCGCCACCUUCCCGACCGUUGACACUGGACUUCACCGAGCCGGUCGCCACCUGCGAGGUGUCGGCACCGAGCCGGUUCAGCAAGGAGUGCUUCAGCAUCUCGAAGCCGAUGUCUUCGGCGACAUCCUCGUUCAUGUCGUCCGUCACCGGCGACGGCAGCGUGUCGAACGGCAGGCCAGGCGCCUCAUCCUUCCUCCUCCCCCCGCCUGCGGCGGCCGUAUCCGCCGGAAAGCCUCCAUUCUCGUCCACAAUCAGUCGGCGGUGCCACGAGCACGGCCACACCAACUCCGAGCACGUCGCCGGCAAGUACGCCAUCCCCGGCUCUCGCUGCCACUGCUCCAAGAGAAGGAAAUCACGGGUGAAGCGGACGAUACGCGUGCCGGCAAUAAGCUCGAAGCUGGCCGACAUCCCGCCGGACGAGUACUCGUGGCGCAAGUACGGACAGAAACCGAUCAAGGGAUCUCCAUAUCCCAGGGGUUACUACAAGUGCAGCACGCUGCGUGGAUGCCCGGCGAGGAAGCACGUGGAGCGGGCGCCGGACGACCCCACGAUGCUGAUCGUCACGUACGAGGGCGAGCACCGCCACACUCCGAGCGCCGCCACCGUCGCGGCGCCCGAGCCCGUCACCGCCUCCGCCUCCGCCAUCUGAGGGCGCCGAUCAUCUUCUUCAGGCUUCCAUGUAGCCAUAUCCCCUUUCUUUUUCCCUCUCUGUGUGGACCGAAGAGAUGCGCCGAUGAUAUCUGUCAAAAUGUUUCAUUUUUUUUACGUUGGCAAAGAAAAAAAAAAAGGAGGAAAUUUUGACUCGAUGGGGUACGGUGUGUCAUCGGGGCAAGUGAAGCCUUUUGUCGUGUCGGGGUUGGUUGUGAGUCGGAUUGGAGAUGGGUUUGAGAUCCGGGCGUGUCGUCGCCUUUGCCUCCGGAGACGUGUCAGUAAAGUCAAAAGAUGCGGCCCGCUACUGUCGUUGACUGGUGUCAGCUGUGAAAGCGACGUGAGACCAGCAUCUCUUUCUUCAUCCGUGUGAGAUGUGCGAGACCGGAAGUGGGUGUAGGAUCCACAAUUACGAAUUCGGUAGCUGGACUUCAUGGUGGCGGGUCAACCAUCUUGUGGUCAUCAUCGAUCAACAUAAAUGGGUUCAUACGGCCACUGUUACAAUGCUUUUGACUAGGAGUGCAAUCUCUGUAGGGUCUCUAUGUGGAUUUAACUGUCCCUUGCAAUCGACGUUGAGCAUUUUGACUU